GGAGCGGGGGCCGGGGGGGAGCCGCUGAGGGGAGGACGCGGUGGGGCCGCGUGGGGCGCUGAGGCCCGGCGGGAGGCGCUGAGGGGCCUCGGGGGCCUUCAGGGGGAAGGCGUUUUUAAAGCUGAAUACAGCUGUGAUGCACAUCUGUUUGAUGAAGAGGGCAUCGUUUCGGUCCGGUCACUUCGCACAAUUUGCUGUGUUGAAAAGUAAGAAAAAAUAUGACAGAAGAAGCAAGUGCAGAGGAUUUUCAAGUUCGGGAGCAUCUCAAGAAGAAAAAGAAAAAACGCAAAGAACGCGACACAAGACAGGAAGAUGAUGAAAAAGAAACUAUACAAGAUGCAGAGCUUUUUGAAGAUGAAGCAGCACAGGGCAGUGAAGUCUAUAAAAAGAAAAAGAAGAAGAAAAAGAAAAAGAAAGAAAGAGAGGAGGAGGAGGAACAGCUUUCAUUAGCUGAAUCUCAUGUAGUCCUGGAACCUGAAGUUAUUGAUGAAGCUGUGAUGGAUGUUCCCAAAAAGAAAAAGAAAAAAAAGAAGCAUAAACAUGAUGAUAGCACAGAUGGCCAAAGUGACGUAACUUGCAUCUCAGUAAAUCAGCAUUGCAUUGGCAGUUGUCAGGAGGAUGAAGCUGAUUACAUUUAUAUAAAAAAGUCUGCUAAGAAGAAAAAAAAAAAAAAACAUCCAGAAGAGGAUGAAGUAAGCGAGCAGCCUACCUCAGAGAUACAAGAUAGGAGUGAUGAUGAAAAACCAGCGAAGAAGAAGAAGAAAAAGAAGAAGAAAAGAAGAGCCAGUAUUACCGAAGAUACGCAAGAGGACGCAGCUGUAUCUGUUGACCAGUCACUUUUGCCAUCUCCAGAACAAAAUAGGCAAGAGGAGGACACGGUGUUGCCAUCACCCAGAGGAGAGGGGGGUGUGGCAGUGUCCAAGCCAUGCCAUGAAGAUGGUGACUGUGAUGCUUCUCCUGCUGCGUGUGAAGCUUCUGUGAAUGCACCCGCUAAUUCUUCAAAACCUACUGGAAAGACUAAUCAGUCUUCCACAAGAACUCCAGCAAGGCCCAUAAAGAUUAAAAGCAAAGCUUAUAUCACAGAUGAAAGCUCUUCAGACUCUGACACAACGACACCAAAACCCAAAGUGUCAAAGAAGGCCCGGAGUAGUACGUGUACUGAAACCGUAACUUCUGGCGAUGUCAGCCUGGAUGGCGAUGAGUCUCUGGACUCUGUAUCAUUUUCAUUAUUCGAUUUAGAUGCUGCAAAACAAGAAUUGGAGGAGUUUAUUCCUCACGUGAGGCAAAUAUCAGAAGAUUCAAUCAGGAAGAUGGCUGGAAGAGAUCUAAUGAGAUUUAAAGAGUUUAAAAAACAAGGUAUUCCUAUCAAGUUUGGCAGAUUUUCCCAGAAGGAAAACGAACAAAUCAGGAAAAACAUUGAAGAGUUCAUGGCACUGACUGGAAUAGACAGUGCUGAAAAGCUCCUGUUUACUUCAAGGUAUCCAGAAGAGAAACACACUAUCAAUCGCCUAAAAGCACGACAUCUCUUCUGUGAAAAACUUGCUGAGGGCAUACCACGAGCCUGGCGGCUGAUAUAUUACCGAGCAAGGAAGAUGUUUGACUCGAAUAAUUAUAAAGGGAGGUAUACCAAAGAAGAAAAAGAAAAACUAAAGAAGUAUCAUGCUCUCCAUGGCAAUGAUUGGAAGAAGAUUUCUGAGAUGAUGUCCCGUUCUAACCUCUCAGUUGCUAUGAAAUACUCUGAAAUUAAGUCCCCAAUUAAUUAUGGUCCCUGGUCAAAGGAAGAGACCCAGAAGUUAAUGCGUGCAGUGGAGGAGGUGUUUCUAAAAGGAAUGGAGUCAGAAGAUGCAAAAUCUGUUUCAUCAUCUGAAAAGUCACGUAGAAAUUUCUUGAUAGAACGUGAGAAACUUCUCCAGAAAUUGCCAUGGAAUGAAAUUGAAGCUAAAGUGGGAACUAGGUAUUGGAGACAAUGUAAACAGAAAUGGACUUCGAUUGUAACAAACAAGAUAACCAAAGGGCAGCAGUUAUAUAGGGGGACCAGAGGACUACAGGCCAAGAUCAAUCUUAUUAAAAGGUUGUAUGAAAUGAAAGUGGAGGAUGCCGAUGAAGUAAACUGGGAAGAACUCAGUGACAUUGUUGGAGGUGUUCCUAAAGACUAUGUUCGAGCCAGAUUUUACAAGCUGAAAGUCUCCUAUGUUCCUUUAUGGCAAAAAAAGACGUUUUCUGAAAUUAUCGAUUAUCUUUUUGAAGAGAAGCUUCCGGAAUUUGAAGAAAAGUUAGAAAGUAGAAAAGGAAAACAGCUCAGUUCUGCUGAUUCAACAGACAAUCAACAGAAAAAGGUUUUCCGAUUCAGUGAUGUUUUUGAUUCCAGUGAAGAGAGUGAUGACAGCCUUAAAAACAAUUAAGAGUCUGCAAAUUUAACUGUGAAAGGGAUCUGUUUGAAAGUGGGUGCAGAUCAACAACUGCAGGUACAUGAGCUAUGAAAUAAUGGAAAAAGCAAAGAAAAGCAUGUUGUCUUCCCCUGUUUUAUAUUGAAGACUGAGAUAAAGACUUUUUUUUGGGCCACCUUUUCUUACCUUAACUUAGCUUUGAUUUUAUAAAUCUUUUUUUAUUGCAACCAGAUUUUUCUAAAAGCUUCAAAAUAUUUAUUUUUUUUCUCAUUGCUUAAGUUUCUGUGGAGUUGGAAACUGCUGUUUACUCUUUGUGUGAGAAUUUGAUUUUCAGUACUUAAAAAUUAAAUCCCUUAAAAGAAGACUUUCAAUGCACUGUUAAAUCAUUAACAUAAACAAAACUUCAGACAUCUGCAUUGAUUGAAGCAGUACAACCUUGAGGGUUUUUUGACCAGUAUUCUUAAAAGCAAUUCAUUUUUAUUUUUGUUGUAGAUUUCUUAACUCUUUCAGAAAAAAGGGAGUUUUCUCAAUUAUAUUCAUAAGUUGUACUAUCAUUUCAUGCAAACAAGAACAAUGUGUUUAAAAUGUUUUUGUUAAUAUUUGGAGUACAGAGAGAAAAGACUGUAUAUAUAUGCACAUAAAUAUUUUUUUAUUGUGCCAAGGAGAAUUUUUUACAUUUUAAUAUGAAAAUAGAGGGGUAAGAUGGAGGUUGUACUUCUGUCUUUGUAUGAUGUUUUAUUAAUUUGCCUAAAAUUACUAUUUAUAAAUUGACUUGAAUGUAAAAUAAUCUUACUGUGUAAAGUAUUUGUAUGGCUUGUUUAUAUUUCACAUAUGCUGCAUUAGAAAGUAAUAGAAAAGAGUUGGUUCUGACGGUACUUUUUGUUGUUCAUUUUGAUAAGAAUUUCCUUCAUCAGUAACCGUUACUGAAAAUGCAGAAUUUCAAAAGGCUUUUGAAAUAAAGGCCGUGUUUGAGGUUCUU